AUGGCUUCUGAUAAGAGUACCAAAAAACCGGAAGAUAUACUUAAAUGGGCUUCGUCCGACGGAGAAUUUCGUAGAAAACCUUCAAGUUUUCGUGAGUUUAUCAGCAAGGAACCAAAUGCUCGAUUUCCUCCCGAAUUAAAUCGGUAUCAUUUGUAUGUUAGCUAUGCUUGUCCUUGGGCGCAUCGUACACUAAUUGUCCGAGCGUUAAAAGGGCUCGAAGACAUCAUCGGACUAAGCGUGGUCGACUACUUGAUGCAGGAAAAAGGGUGGAAAUUCAGUACUCACGAACAGACUCCCGGUGCCAUUCCGGAUACUGUAAAUAAUGCGCAGUAUUUACGCGAAUUAUAUUUUAAAGCUGAACCCGAAUAUGCGGGAAGAUUUACUGUUCCUGUAUUAUGGGAUAAAAAACUUGGAACAAUCGUAAACAACGAAUCGAGCGAGAUCAUCCGAAUGUUCAAUGAAGUAUUCGACGAUUACCUCCCCGAGGCAACCAAAGGCAUCACGUAUUACCCUGAACAUCUACGCGUCGAAAUCGAUGCGAUUAAUGAAUGGGUGUACGAUACGGUGAAUAAUGGAGUGUAUAAAGCUGGAUUUGCUACGACUCAAAAAGCGUAUGAACAGAACGCCUACAAGAUUUUCGAAUCUUUGGAUCGAUUAGAAGAUAUUUUAUCCAAAAAUGAGUUUUUGGUUGGUGGUGUUUUGACCGAAGCUGAUAUUAGACUUUGGACCACUAUUAUAAGAUUUGAUCCAGUUUAUCACGGCCACUUCAAGGCAAACUUGAAAUCCAUCGAAAAAGACUAUCCAAAUAUUCUUCGUUGGGCUCGUCAAAUUUACCAAAUUCCUAAAAUUGCUGAUACGAUCAACAUGCACCACAUCAAAUAUCACUACUAUCAAAGUCACUUACAAAUAAAUCCAACUGGGAUUGUACCAAUGGGUAACGGUCCAGAUUUAUCAAAACCAAUUAUCAAAGCUCAACCUUAA